UAAAAUAAAAUAAAAAAAUUAUCAUGCAGGCUGUGAAGGAGAAGCUGAAUGACAUUAUUGAGAUUCGCAAGGCCAAGGCUGAUGCCAAGGCAGAAGAAAAGGCUGAGAAAGAUUUGGCGAAAGUGAGAUUAGAGAUCGCCCACGAGAUCAGAUUGGCGAAAGAGGCUGAAGCUGAAAUGCAGUUUCAUGCUGCCAAGGCCGAGAAAUUACUGGGAAAGGAAAUUGAGAAAAUUUCGGAAAGUCACGAACAAUAUCUCUCGAGCAAUCAUUUGAAUUCGGGAGGAGGAACGAAUAAUAAUUACGACGAUAGCCUUCUAACAUGUCAAACUCCAGGAUCAUCGUCGGCUAUGAAUAUGGCAAUGAUAGAUCCUAUUAAUACCAUUGGGAUUUCUCCUGAACCUAAUUAUACUAGGAGAAAGUAUAAUUAA